AUGGGGAUAACAGGCUCUUCUAUGACGUUCAGAUGCUAUAAGCUGGGGCUUAUAUUCUUGAAUAUCAUUUAUAUGGUAAGUUGGAGUUAAGGUAGUUUAUAAGCUUACUUCUGAACUGAAGCUCAAGCUUAAUAAGUAAGCUUACAUCAAUUGAAUGGCUGUGUGCUUUUUACAUGUAAGAUUCAAAUAUGUCAUUUAGAAGAUCUAACACAACCUUCCUUAUUCGUUACAAUUUAUGUUUGUCUAAUUUGUUCACGAAAUUUAUACCGUAAACGUAGCUCUAUGCUUAGCUAACUUUUUAUGAAGAGUCUGACCUUUUUGCCCUUGAUCGACUUUCUACUUUUGACCAUCAUGUGGUUAAUUCGCACACGUUCUGAGUCGGUAUUGACAGUAGUAGUGGAGUUAUUAUGCAGUAAAAAAAAAAAACAGAUUGACACAAUCACACAUCAUAGCUGAAAAAAAAAAUCCUCAAUUAAAAAACAAAUGCAGUUUCCCUAAAUGAAAUCACCUCCUUGAUCCAUUUCCUUUGGUCAAUUUUUUACUUCUUCACCGUCUUGAACAAUUGCCAGAACUUGUGCAAUUAAAGCACCUCCUCUCCCCUCUUACGGCUGAGUAUCAAUUGAUACUAUUGGCCAAUAUUUUGCACAGUUGACGAGUUGGCUGGUAUGUCAACUUAUACCAGUCAGCAGACUAUCGCUUGACAUAUUGGCAAAUUCUUGUUUGAUAUGUGGGUUGACAUAAAUCAGUAGAUAUGUCAACCACCAGAUGGGUGGCAUGUCAAUCACGCAUCAGCCGAAAUGUAGAUGGAUAAAUAAUCAGUCAACAUAUUGAUCAUUAGGCCACAAACAAUUAGCAGAUACUUUACAGAUACUUGGUUAACUCUUCUUCUGAAGUCAUAUUUCUUGACUACCAUAUUUACUAGUGUAUAAUGCACACUUUUUUUCACCAAAACUUGUUUCAAAGUUUUAGGGUGUGUAUUAUACUCAGAAUCCUUUGUUUAAUGAACAAGUGUUAAAAAAUAGUACUAAAUGCCAUACAAAACAAAACAUUCAGAUGUAACCAGUGGAGUAUGGCGGGUCUCUACAUAGCCUUUAUAGCAAUUCUCAUGAACUAGUGCAAAAACGCUUGCUAUGCAGGCUAUUUUCAGCACAAGUUUCUUUUUCAAAUGUUACUCUGUGUACCAUAAUGGCAGCAUUGCACACUUUAACACUAUGCCAAAUGAAAAUAUGGAAAUUUAUACAACAGUUGACCAAUAUGCUAACAAAAGUCAACAGAUGUGCCGCCGAUAGCUGCUCAUUGUAACGUAACAUUAGUGGUAUCGGCCAAGUGUCAACAUUAACUCCUUAAAAUAUGCUGUGUAAGAGUAAACAAACUACUUAACCCACCUACAUAUGUGGCAUCACCUCCAGGAGUCAAUCUCACAUCACAUUCUUUGCUGUCGUCAAACUUACUUUGAAUGGAAACCUUAUUGUUAACAUUUUAUUUUGUUUUCUGUAUUUUGCAGAUUGUAGGGUUGACACUCAUUAUUGUCCCAGUGUCCUUUAAAAUAAGUGCUGUAUUGACCAGCUGGCCUAUAGUGGGUGGUACUAUUGCAUGUGGAGUGUUUUUGAUGUUACUGUCUAUUGCUGGAAUUUAUGGUGCAAUCAAGCAUCACCAGAUUAUUUUAUUUUUUGUAUCCUUUGUUAAGAUAAAUUUACCAUUGCCAAAAAUGAAUUGUAGUUUGGAAAAAAGAAAGAACAGAAAGUUUUCAGUAACUGACAUAAUGGUAUGCCUGUGGUCUAGAUCAAUUUUUGGUUGUUGCCAUGGCUAUAUCAGUGAUUCAAAUUGUACAUAUGUAAGUCAGAGAGUUGGGCUGGUCAAAGCAAUCUCUCUGUUGUUUCCGCAACAUAAAAUGCAACCACAAGCACAAAACUUGUAUAAUGUCACAUAAACAGUGCACAUAUGUGUGCUUAUGAUGAUAACAACCUGAAUGCACUACAGCUGGAAAUGAGGGGUUCUGUGAGGUGCCAUGUUUUUGUUGCCUGUGCUUGCGUUUACACUCUUGUAUUAUAUGGGUAAAUCACCCUUAAACUUCUGUAUCUUGCCAGAUGCCCCUUCAUGAAGUUCAAUGUAAGAUCAUCCUGGGGAGUUGCCUUAGUUAAUGGUCCAAGGUGUUUAUCCUUAACUAGAUGUACGUGUAGUACAUGGCAAUUAUGAUUAUUGUGUUUAUUAUUCUCUUCUCUCUGUCUGUGGCCGCACUAUCAAUCAGUUCCAGUCAACAACAUGCACUUCUUAAGAAGGGCUGGGCAUCUCUGAGUAACAAAACAAAGGAAGAGUUCCAGAAGACAGGAGACUGUUGUGGUUUUGACCCCAAUUUUGAGAACAUUACAGAUGGCCCAUAUGGUCACCCAUCAUGUGCCAAGGUAUGGUUUAUUAGUAAAACCCAAUGUAUAUAAUUAGCCACACCUUUCUCCUAGAGUUAAUAAAUGUGAGACUCAGAGUCAUGAUUGUGAGUGCCUUGAUCUACAAGACCAUCUACUUUUUUGGAUAUAAACUGCAUGGUUUGGGGACAGAAAGAGUAUAAAAAACCAAAAUGAAAAAUCAUUAUUUUAGAACUUUCUGAAAACCACAAUAGAGGAUUUAUGGUAUUCCUAAAAUAUUUCUGGUGUUCAAAGUUUUAUUAGCUGAGAUAAACCAGCCAGAACCAGAAAUAUUUCAAACAAAUAAUAAUCUUUAAAAUGCUGUUCAAAUAAACCUCUAAGAUUGUAUUGUUACUGCAACAAGGAACCUGAAGGGUGUAGUAAGGAAAUAUCUAUAGUUCCCUCACAAUUCUGGGUUCAAAAUUAACUUUGUGAUACAAGAGCCAUCUGGUGACCAGCCUUGACAUUCUGGUCGCUAGCUAUUUCUAGGCACGUUGGAAACCAGCUGGUAACAAUUUAAGACCCAUGAACAUGUACACACCAAUUUCAAAUCACUGUGAGGCCUCUUGAAAGAAACUUUAACUCUUCCACUGCUGGAGUCAAUUAUUGAGCCCCCCGGGGGACUUAUUUAGUUAAAGCCCAUUUGAGAGGGGGCUUAAUAGAGACGGAGGCUUAUUUAAUUUAGAAAAGAUGAUUGUAUCAGUUGUUCAUAAAGAACUAGAAUACAAAGUGGGAAAGCUCAAGUACAAGAAGGUUAGAGGUCAUGCAGUCAAGGAUCAGAAUCAAAUCCGAACUUCCAGUUGGUAAAUAAACCAUCCUGGAUCAGUCCACAUGAAGUAUUACAGUCAUGAUUGAUUAAUACAGUCUAUCAUUAAUUUUAAUGGUGAAUAAUUAUUAGGGGAGCGGAGGGGAGGGAGGCUUUUUAAUUUUCUUCCCCUGAAAAGGGGGGGGGGGACUUAUUAGAGGGAGGGGGCUUAUUUGAGAGGAGGGCUUAAUGGAGGAUUUACAGUGUGUACUGUUUUAUGACCAUUUACAUUGAAUAGAAGGACAUGCUAGCAAGCCACAAAGGCACAAACAUAUUAGCUGUUGCUGCUUGCAGUUUAUUUAUACCUAGACUGAUCAGCUCUUUCCUUGCAACACAAUAAUAUGCCAGAAAUUUUACUGGUGUUCAAGGUUUUGUAAGUUUCAAAGUAAAUUUCCUGGCUAAUUCUUAAUAACCAGCUACGUGUAGUAUGUACCAAAUUUGGACGUUGUGUUCUGUUUACUUUACCAUUGAUGUUGAUCAUGAAAUAUCCAGUCAAAAGAGGGACUAAAAUAAUAAUGUCAUGCAAAGACAAUGGCAUGGGAGUAAAGUAAGCUGUUUUGAUGAGGAAGUGGUGGAAGAUCGCAAACAUAAUGCAAAAGCAAAAUAGCCAAAUCACUGCCUCAAAAACAGCAAGAUUACACAUAAUAACCACUUGAGGGAUAACUACUGCUUUUAAGAUAAUAUCUGCCUGAAAAAAGCAUCACACUGCCAAGGAACCGGCAAAUAUUUUGUAGAUUGGAAUUUAUAAUUAUCAUACUCAGCCUCAUCCAAUAACAUUAUUAUUUUAUUCUUGAUCGUUUCACUAAUAUUUUCAGCUUCCAUGUUGCACGAAUCACACCAUUAGUUGCCCAGAUCAGUGUCCCACAUGUUAUGAUUACCUUACAAACACAGGACUGAAAACAGUUAAGAAUGAUGUGGGAGGUAUUGGACUCUUCUUUAGUUUUACACUGGUAGGUAAAAAUUAUAGAAAUAACUAAUAACAAUAAUACUUAUUAUUAUUAUUUAAUUAUGUUUUCAAGCUUUAUUUUAAUACCAGGCCCAUUUUAAACAGGAACUAUACCGUACAUCAGAGGCACCUCUGAAACUAUCGUACCUAUACUACAACCUUACAAUGGUUGCAUGCAUUGCAUACAAACUGAUAACCACUUUAGACAACUGCUUACAAAAUAUCAGGGACAAAGAUAGACCAGAGGACAGACAGGGAGCAGUAUGCAAGCUGUAGUAACUGCCAGGCCACUUGCAUUGGUGAGACUAUAAGAAACCUUAGCAUUUGACUGACUGAACAUGCACAAUCAACAAGAAAUGGUGAACACUAUUUACAGAUGAAACAUCAAAUUGACUGGGACAGUACAACAUGUGUUACAUAUUGCGUAUACUAAUUAUUACUUCAAUCAUCAACUCAUCCUAGAAAGCUGGUUUUCUAACAAACCACCACCAUACAAAUGACUUAUUGAUAGACUCAAGCAAAACUGACAACAGUAGAAUGACUAGACAAUGGACAAUUUGACUAAUAAUAAACAGCUGUUUUACUGUCACAAAAGACAGAUCGAAACACACCAAUGGCAUUUAGAGGCUUCAUAACCAAUAUUUUAACAGCUUAAAUAACUGACAGACCAUCAAUAACAAUAACACCACAACUCAAUUGACCAGUCAGGUCAAUAACCAGAGUUAAAUGCCAUCCACUGAUGUGAUACAACUCACUUUGACUCUGAAGAUGACUAUCGCACACGUUGCCAAAAUGCGAGUCACUGUCAAGAACAGUCUUGACUACACUCACCCAGACAAUCAUAUUCCACUUAUGAAAUUACUCCUGGUUUCAAACCUUUCACAAAAUGUUUGUACAUGUAAUUACAGUAGAAAUUUGUUAUGAAGUCAAACCCCGCUUGCCCUGCUUAAUAUGGACAGUUUGCUUUGUCCCCAGGGAGAGAAAGCUCUCACAUUAAUUUUUCUCUAAAUUCAACCCGCUUAAGAUGGACACCCCGUUAACAUAAUAUGGACUCUUUCUAUGGCCCCCUCAGUGUCUGUAUUAACGAGGUUUGAAUGUACUGUACUAUAAAAUUUAAAAAGUAGUGGUCCCUCCAAAAGAAACAGCUCAUCUUAAUUAACCUGUAAAUUUUGACCUUCCUAUUGAACCCCCAAGAGUAGAAGCCCUUUUCAUGGGCCANCAAGUUCACUGAAAGUCUUCAUUUGCAAUUUUUGUUUACCCUCCAAUGCCUCGCUUUCAUGACUAGGCACCAGUUUUUUCCCGCGUGUCCGCCAUUUGUGAAUACGGUGUAUAACAAUAAUAAUUGUUAUUAUUAUGUAAUUAUGUUUUCAAGCUUUAUUUUAAUACCAGACCCAUUUUCAACAGGAACUAUGCCGUACAUCAGAGGAACCUCUGAAACUAUCGUACCUAUACUACCACCUUACAAUGGUUGCAUGCAUUGCAUACAAACUGAUGACCACUUUAGACAACUGCUUACAAAAUUUAAGGGACAAAGACAGACCAGAGGACAGACAGGGUACAGUAUGCAAGUUGUUGCAACUGCCAGGCCACUUACAUUGGUGAGACUAUAAGAAACCUUAGCAUUCAAUUGACUGAACAUGCACAAUCAACAAGAAAUGGUGAACACCAUUUACAGAUGAAACAUCAAAUUGACUGCGACAGUACAACAUGUGUUACAUAUUGUGUAUAUUAAUUACUUCAAUCAUCAACUUAUCCUAGAAAGCUGGUUUUCUAACAAACCGCCACCAUACACAUGACUUAUUGAUAGACUCAAGCAAAACUGGCAACAAUAGAAUGACUAGACAAUGGACAAUUUGACUAAUAAUAAACGGCUGUUUUACUGUCACAAAAGACAGAUCGAAACACACCAAUGGCAUUUAGAGGCUUCAUAGCCAAUAUUUUAACAGCUUAAAUAACUGACAGACCAUCAAUAACAAUAGCAUCGCAACUCAAUUGACCAGUCAGGUCAAUAACCAUAGUUAAAUGCCAUCCACUGAUGUGAUAUAAUUCGCUUUGACUCUGAAGAUGACUACCGCACACGUCGCCAAAAUGUCAGUCACUGUCAAGAACAGUCGUGACUACACUCACCCAGACAAUCAUAUUCCACUUAUGAAAUUACUCCUGGUGUCAAACCUUUCACAAAAUGUUUAUACAUGCAAUUACAGUAGUUAUAUUACUACAUGAGAAAUUUCUGCAAUUUGAUUGGCUUAGAGCAGUGGUAUUUCAGCUUAAUUUGAAAUACCUACAUGUGAAAAUUACAAACCUUUCAUGGGUAGCAGUAUAAACAAAUAAAAGCAUGUUUUGUACAUGAUAUUUGGCAUAAAUACCACUUGCGAUAUUUCAAAAUUGUCUCAAAUUUCGCUCGCCUAACGGCUCGUGAAAUUACUUAUAACAAUUUUGAAAUAUCACUCGUGGUAUUUAUGCCAAAUAUCACUACAAAUCAUGCUAUUACCUAUACAAAUUUGUUAUGAAGUCGAACCCCGCUUGCCCUGCUUAUUAUGGACAGUUUGCUUUGUCCCCAGGGAGAGAAAGCCCUCACAUUAAUUUUUCUCUAAAUUCAACCUGCGUAAGAUGGACACCCUGUUAACGUAAUAUGGACACUUUCUAUGGCCCCCUCAGUGUCUGUAUUAUAAUUAACAAGGUUUGACAGUACUAUAAAAUGAAAAAAGUAGGGGCCCCUCCAAAAGGAACAGCUCACCUUAAGUAACAUGUAAAUUUUGACCUUCCUAUUGAACCCCCAAGAGUAGAAGCCCUUUUCAUGAGCCAAACAUAACUCAAAUUAAGGCUGACCCGAAUUACCUUUAGACUGGCUGAAUUGAUUCAGAGGCCAAUCUUAAAUUUAUUGCAGCUGAACUUAAUUCAAAAGGAGAAGACUAAUGCUCAUUUAGGUCAAACUGCUUACAAAAUUACAUAAUAAUUUAUGCAUUCGGUUUGGUACAAAAAAGUUCGGUAUCUGAAUCAAAGCCGUUCCAAAGUCAAAAUUCCCAGCCGGGUUAAGCAGAAAGAACGGCUUAGCCAUUCCAAAUUGAAGCAGGCAUUCCUAAUUGAUUCAGACACCGAACUUUUCAUGUACUUAAUUCAAUGUAUUAGGUUAAGCUCAUGAAAAGUUUGGUGUUUGAACAGAGCCUUACUGAAAAUGGUGAAUGAAGAAUUUUGUUUUAGAUAACUUAUAGAAUAACAAUGUAGAAAUGAUAUCUCAAAAAGUGUAACAAGUGGUAGUAAACACAGUGUAUAACCCUUUUUCAGUCUAAGAGAAAUCAUCAAACUACACAAUAUGAUAUUGAGAUGAAAAGUUGAGGCAUGUGUGUGUUGUAGUUAAUUUUUUAUCUCAGGUAAUAUUUAUUUUUCCUUUGUUUCAACUUCAUUAGCAUACAUUAUGAUACUCAAAAACAAAAGAAAAACAAAAAUUCCCUGAGAUAAAAAAUUAACUACAACAUGUACAUUUACCUGUUAAUAGUCGCACAUGCAUAAGUUUAAGUCACACUUCAAAUGAAACUGAAAUUGGUGUUGAAUUUUAGUCCGUUCAGCUGAACAGUUCCAAGCUUGAAAAUGAUUCCUAUUUCACAGGGCUUUUUUUAAAUGUUCGUUUCAUUGCAUUAGACCAUACCAGAACAUCAGAAAUGCUGUGACCCAUCAUUUCAACUCUGUGGGUCACAGUAUUGAUGUUAUUAAAGUUUAACAUAAGAUACUGGAAUGUGAAAUAUAUGACUCCUCUUUCUUAUUUAGUGUGCAAAGUUCCAGCAGGCUUGCGACAUUGGCUGCAGCCAUACUUAGCAAGUGGACUGCAUUAGUUUUUUCAAUGACCCAUUCAAAAGUUUUUCUAAACAAACGGUAACCCGGUUAAAAGGGAAGUUGCAUUUUUUUAGCCAGGUAAUUAUUGGAGAUAACUCUGUUAAGUACCCUAGUGUGGCUGGAGCCACUGUGUCCCCCAUCCCCCUCCCCCUCCCACCCCCGCCCUGUUAUGUAUUUUUGUUCAGUUUAUGGAUGUUGUAUUAGAGCAUUUAAUAAUCAAUGGACUCUAGUAUCCUUGCUAUAUGUAUAUCAUGAGUUGAAAAAAUUUAAUUGCCAUAAUGUAAAAGGAACAGCCUGAGUACUGGACUAAAUAAUGUGCAGAAUCAUUUUGUUAUUUUAAGCGUAACUUAAUUGAAGCUUGCUAGCGAUUAUGAUUUAAAUGCUCCACAUUAUUUAAUACUUCUCUUUUUUUUUCCUUCUAGUUCCUUGGAGUUUACAUAGCAUUCCGUUAUCGUCAUCUUAAAGACCCAAGAGCAAAUCCAAGUGCUUUUCUAUGACAUUAACCAUUACUGGGUGUCCAGGUAAUGCCGGUGUCCUGCCCAGAAAAACUGAGGUAGCAGCCACCAUGAUCUUGAUGUUACUCAUAACUUGGUCAACAAAAUGAUCUCAUUUGCCAGAUCAGAGAUCACCGCCUUGUUAGUGUGGGAAUCUUUGACUUUUACAUUGAUGACAUCUAGCUGGACAAAAUUAAUUGUGUUUGUUUACAAAAUUUUAGGUUCCAGUGCUGUGGUGGUCGACAGAACUCAGAUUUAUUCUUCCAAAGGAUUGAGGGCUGGUUUUUGAAACAGCAUUUAGACAGGGUUUAUCAAACGGUGCUCUUAGCCAUUUUCAAUUUGCCAACCUUCCUUUCAAAACACUCUUUGCUGUUAAAACCAUUUGUUUACUUUAAAUAAGCCACAAGUUAACACACUUUUCGGGCCACUGAUUUUAUUAAACUGCAAUGGUUAGACUUUGUUUUAAUAUGUGUGCCCGAGGUUAAAUAAUGUAAAUGACUACUGUAAUCAAUCACUCUUUGCUAACGAGGGUUGCCAACUGAUGGUUUGACUUGGGAAAAUUGUACCUUGAAUAGAUCAGCCUUGUCCCCAGGCCAGUUGGCACCAUGCCAGUGACUGAAAGGCUUGGAACCAAACAGCAAGCUUCAUGAGUGAUGUCUUACUCAACUUCGGGAACAAGGGU